UCUGGUCCCGCCCCCGCCCCGCCUGUCUCUGUGGUACGAGUACCAUCGACGGGCGGCGGAGCUGCUUCCGCUUCCGCUGCCCUUGCUGCCGGCGGGAGGUGACGGGACCAAGAGGCGCGAUGUGGCGGAACCUGCUGAGUCUUCGCCAAAUUCCCCGGAGGACCAUAAGCACUGCAUCACGCAGGCAGAUUGAAAAUAGAGUUCCUGAGAAGCAGAAGCUUUUUCAGGAAGAUAAUGACCUCCCAGUGCAUCUUAAAGGUGGUGUAAUGGAUGCUUUGUUGUAUCGAGUCACCAUGGGUCUUUCAGUUUUUGGAACAGCCUAUGCUGUUUAUUACCUGGCUGUCUCUUCAAUGCCCAAGAAGCAGAAUUGAUUCCAAUUCAAGAUGCCUCAGUGACUAGCAUCUCUUCGUCCAAUUCCAUGUGGCUACGAUGGCAGCUUAUACUUGCUAUAAGCGGUUGGCUUAAUGCUUGAAAUGGUAACUUAAUUGUAACGUGUUAACUGCAAUCAAUAAAGCAGUUCUUACAUUG